AUGGAAAUUCAGAUUGUCUGUUUUAUUCUUGUCGGCUGCGUUUUUGCAGUUUCGGCAGCACCAGCAAAUAGCAGACGGCAAGACAUUCAACAUCUUGUUUCUCUCAUUAGCAACAUCCAGAACCUCAGUCGUAUCAGACAGACGCUGCCUUCACUGACCAAUAUAGACACGGAGAACACAGCGAAAAUCUCUUAUAUUCCUGAGUUGACAGACUUGCCAGGGAGCGAGGCCUCUGAAGAUGAAGAGUCACUCAAGAAAGGCUUUCUAGGGAAACCCACCGGGCCGUUUAGCAAACGCCAAGGAGCUUGGUCUUACGACUACGGGCUUGGAGGCGGCAGAUUCGGCAAAAGGAACUAUGGCGAUUACGGGAUCGGAGGCGGGAGAUUUGGUCGUGACGUUGAUCAUGUUGAUUUGUCUGAUGCCAGUGAUGCAGAGAUGUCGUCAUAA